AUGCUCUGGACCUCUGGUCCUUUUUGUAGGGUACCCUCUGAGGCCCGGAACCUUUGCUCAACUCUCAGGCUGUCCGGGGAAGUUUUAGGCGGUGAUACCGAGCUGCAGACCAAUGUAAGAGCUCGGGGCUGUGGGACUGAAGAGAGGAAGCGACUGUUGGGAACUGAGGUGGGCCCAGGGCUUAAGCCGAGCUGGCGAGGGUAGAGGUGGUGCUGGUCCCGUGCGGUGGUGGGGACCGGGCUGUGGGCUGGAGGGAGGGGCAGCGCCGAGGGGGCGGGACGGCGGGCUCGCGGAGGAGGCCAACGGUUGGCCCCAACCACCACUGACUACAGCCUGCGUCCGCCUUUCGUUGCCAUUACCUCUUUCCGGCAGUCGACCUGCUCUUUGCUUCUCGGGUUUUGUCUCCGUGUCCUCCGUCUCUGCUGUUUCUCCCUCUCUAUCCUCCUCUGUCUCCGUCUCCGCAGCCUUGGGGCCGGUGCCUCUCUCAGGCUUCGGCGAAUGAGACCUGGGGACUUGCCCCCGCGCCCCAUGGAAGAACCCCCGGCGUCCAGCUCUGCCCCGACAGAGACGGAGGAGCCGGGGUCCAGUGCAGAGGUCAUGGAAGAAGUGACAACAUGCUCCUUCAACAGCCCUCUGUUCCGGCAGGAAGAUGACAGAGGGAUUACCUACCGGAUCCCAGCCCUGCUCUACAUACCCCCCACCCACACCUUCCUGGCCUUUGCAGAGAAGCGUUCCACGAGCAGGGAUGAGGAUGCUCUCCACCUGGUGCUGAGGCGAGGGUUGAGGAUUGGGCACUUGGUACAGUGGGGGCCCCUGAAGCCACUGAUGGAAGCCACACUACCUGGGCAUCGGACCAUGAACCCCUGUCCUGUAUGGGAACGGAAGAGUGGUUGUGUGUUCCUGUUCUUCAUCUGUGUGCGGGGCCAUGUCACAGAGCGUCAACAGAUUGUAUCAGGCAGGAAUGCUGCCCGCCUUUGCUUCAUCUGCAGUCAGGAUGCUGGAUGUUCAUGGAGUGAGGUGAGGGACUUGACUGAGGAGGUCAUUGGCUCAGAGCUGAAGCACUGGGCCACAUUUGCUGUGGGCCCAGGUCAUGGCAUCCAGCUGCAGUCAGGGAGACUUGUCAUCCCUGCAUAUACCUACUACAUCCCUUCCUGGUUCUUUUGCUUCCAACUACCAUGUAAAACCAGGCCUCAUUCUCUGAUGAUCUAUAGUGAUGACCUAGGAGUCACAUGGCACCAUGGGAGACUCAUUAGGCCUAUGGUUACAGUAGAAUGCGAAGUGGCAGAGGUGACUGGGAGGGCUGGCCACCCUGUGCUAUAUUGCAGUGCCCGGACACCAAACAGGUGCCGGGCAGAGGCUCUCAGCACUGACCAUGGUGAAGGCUUUCAGAGGCUGGCCCUGAGUCAACAGCUCUGCGAGCCCCCACAUGGUUGCCAAGGGAGUGUGGUAAGUUUCCGGCCCCUGGAGAUCCCGCAUAGGUGCCAGGACUCUAAUAGCAAAGAUGUACCUACCAUUCAGCAGAGCUCUCCAGGCAGUUCACUGAGGCUGGAGGAGGAAGCUGGAACACCGUCAGAAUCAUGGCUCUUGUACUCACACCCAACCAGUAGGAAACGGAGGGUUGACCUAGGUAUCUAUCUCAACCAGACCCCCUUGGAGGCUGCCUGCUGGUCCCGCCCCUGGAUCUUGCACUGUGGGCCCUGUGGCUACUCUGAUCUGGCUGCUCUGGAGGAGGAGGGCUUGUUUGGAUGUUUGUUUGAAUGUGGGACCAAGCGAGAGUGUGAGCAGAUUGCCUUCCGCCUGUUUACAGACCGGGAGAUCCUGAGCCACCUGCAGGGGCACUGCACCAGCCCUGGUAGGAACCCGAGCCAAUUCAAAAGCAAUUAAUUGGCUUAGGACCCAAUUUCCAUAGAUGCAAAUGGCAAUUACAGCCAGGUUAACAGAAGCUACUGAAGUCUACAGAGAAUCAAAAAACUUAAUAUUCUGUUCCCUACCUUUUUUCACUUCUCCCCCUCCAAAGAGCAAAAUGAAAAUUUUGCCUUAGCUACUGCAGUGGAAAGAGCACUGAACUAGGAGUUCAAAGACCAGGACGUGGUUCUGGCUCUGCCACUGGCUUGCUUUUGGACCUUGGAUGUGUCACCUGAACUCUCUGGACCUCAGGUUUCCAUCUGUAAAAUGAGAGUAUUGGUUCUAAGAUUUCUUAUCUUCUCAUCCUUAGGAGAAGCAUAGUGCCUGCAUCCUUCAUGGUCAGUAAGUCCUGGCUGUAUAGAAGACUCUGAUGUCAAAAUGGAAAUCAGAGGACUUAUCUUUUCACAUGACUUACCCCUUUUCCAAGUGUGAGGUUACAGGUAGGUGUCAUGGCAGGAAGGAAGACCAGAUCUAUAUGAUUUGUUCCAUUUUUAAUAACAAAAAUAUCCACACCCUUCUAAUAAUGGUCAGAGCUCUGUAGGCACUCUAUCCUAGAGGAAUUAAGCAAAACAGAAGAAUCAUGAAGUCUCCUACCUUCUACAGCUUUGUAGUUCUGUUUACCUUCUCUUCCUCAUCCAGAAACAUCAUUUUCUAGGGAGGACAAUGAGAAUCUCAGUGCCAGUAGUACUGGAUAAUAGUGUGUAUUGCUUCUGGUGGCAUUACCCUGAUGAAGGAUGGGCUUAAGUUCAUUUAUUAGGAUGUUCCCGAUGGGAAAAGGACAUGGAUUAGGACUUUAAAACACUGGACAGAAUUUCCCACAGUCUCUGCCCUCAAGGAGUUCACCAGUUUAUGGGGCUAGAAGAGGGAGAAAAUUCAAGAAAAUAAAUGUAGCUGGUGGGAGAGUUUGUAGAUGUUGGGCUAUAUGUUGGGGUGACGGUAGCUCCUGAUGUAAUUUUCUUAGUUGCAUCUUCAAUGUGCCUGGAGUCAUCUGUCCAAGGCUUGUCCAGGCUUCUGGGUUUGUUUUUUUUUGUUUUGUUUUUUCUCAGGAUAUUGUCCUGGCCCAGCUACUCCUUUACCUGUGAGAAGAUCUUCACCAUUAGGAAGAUCUCUGGACCCCCAAAUCUCAGAAUCAGGCCUAUUUGUAUAGGCCCAUGGAAAUCACUACUUGUGAAGUAGGGAUGCCUUUUUGUCUAA